CUCUGACUCGGUGGAAUAAGCGCACCAGCAGCAAAAAGUCCGUUGAUUCUAGAUCCCCUUCCUUCAUUUCCCUCAUCCUUCUUUCGCUCAUUGACUCCUUCGCUCUUACAAACACUCUCUCAUACUCAUACUCAUACACCCACCAUGUCCAGUCUAAACAUCGCCUCGAGGACUCUCUUCGCCCGCUCUGUCUCCCACAGUGCUCGCCCCAUGACACAAAGCGCAGCGGUCAUGGCCCUCCGGAACUACAACGCCACAGUUGUUAAAGACACGCCCGCCUCAGCAAAGAAAUCAAAGUUCGCGGACAAGUUCGCUACCGGACCCAGCUUCGAGGACUUUGUUGGCGGAAAUCAGAAGCUGUCUGUCGAGGAAUCCCUAGAGCUCAAGGAAACUGUCGUCGAUCAGCAGGCAGCAGCAGCAGCAGUAGCAGCGGAGGCUGCCUCACCAUCGACAGGCAAACCUGCCAAGCGUCCGCCAAAGCAGCGUUUGCCGGAGUGGCUCAAGACGCCGAUUCCCUCUGGAAAGAACUUCACGCAGAUCAAGAAGAAUCUCAGGGAACUUAAUCUUCACACCGUCUGCGAGGAAGCCAAGUGCCCCAACAUCUCGGACUGCUGGGGAGGUGGAGAGCACCAGACAGCCACAGCCACCAUCAUGUUGAUGGGGGACGAAUGUACUCGUGGAUGCCGAUUCUGCUCUGUUAAGACCAACAAGGCGCCAAAGCCCUUGGAUAUCCAUGAGCCAGAAAACACUGCCGAAGCGAUUUCAAGAUGGGGCCUGGAUUACGUUGUCUUGACUUCAGUUGACCGUGAUGAUCUUCCGGAUGGUGGUUCGGCGCAUUUUGCAGAGACGAUCAUGAAGCUGAAGCUGAAAGCGCCCAGGAUUCUUGUCGAGUGCUUGACUGGAGAUUUCCAAGGAGACAUGGAGUGCGUUGCGCGUGUGGCGACCUCCGGAUUGGACGUCUAUGCACACAAUAUUGAGACUGUCGAGGCUCUCUCUGCCUAUGUUCGUGAUCCUCGUGCCAAAUUCAGACAGUCGAUUGCUGUGCUGGCUCAUGCCAAGAAGGCCAAGCCUGGUCUGUUGACGAAGACUAGUAUGAUGUUGGGAUGUGGUGAGAGUGAGGCCGAGGUCAUCCAUGCCAUGGAUGAAUUGCGCAAGGUAGAUGUGGAUGUUUUGACACUGGGUCAAUACAUGCGGCCGACAAAGAAGCACAUGCGCGUGCAUGAAUAUGUCAAGCCGGAGGUGUUCGAAAAAUAUCAGAAAUUGGCAGAGGAGCGUGGAUUUAAAUAUGUGGCGUCAGGACCACUUGUACGAUCGUCCUACAAGGCAGGAGAGUUCUAUAUCAGCAAUAUUCUGAAGAAGGAAAAGGAGCAGGGCAUGUCUGUUGUGGGAAAUGAUGCCGUGGUCAAGCUGACGAAUGCUGGCGUCCAUGUCUAAUAUCAGGACAGUGUUCAGAAUUUUUCACUUGCAUUUUCUCAUCUUUAGAAUCAUUUUUCAUGUUGCUUGCUUUGUUUGACUUUUCUUUUUACGCGCCUACCUUGUAACCCAUACCAAUAAAAUAAGAUAAUAGCA